AUGGCUGUAUGGGACAAGUCUUGGAGGCGCAACAUGCCCUUACCCCACCGCCACCUACUGUUGCUCUUUCUCGAAUACAGGAUAGGAAUGGCGCAUCUUCAAGACAUUGUCGAGACAGGAAGGGAUCCCGACAAGAACUUGAUGUAUCGCUGGCGCAAGCAUACCCUUUCUGCGGCAGCACAUGUUGAUCAGUCAACAGAAGCAUCCUGUUAUUGCAUGUCAUGGGACUAUCUCCCCGAGCGCCACAUAAUUAGAGAAAAGCUCGUAUCGCCGCUACAUCUACCGGAGUACAUUGCGACGUUGCCGUUGGCGGACGACUUUUGGAGCAAACAAGGAAAACAUGUCGUUAUCUGCGACCACAGACGAUGUGGCUGGGUAAUUUUAGCCGCGAAUGGUCUAGAAGCAUUUUCUCACUCACAUGGGAAGGUAAAGGUUCAGUUCAGUAUCCUGAAGCUCAAGGCGGACCUCCUGGAUAAGGAAAUCGAACUGCGCGGCGGUCCAGCCAAGAUAUGCAGUGAAAGGCCACAAGCCCAGCGAUUCGAGAAGGUCACCAACAACACAAAUCGCGUCUCGGCCAAUUCCAGCCUGUGUGGGAUCUGA